CACACACACCACAGCCUGGGGAGGGCGCCUGGCCCGUCCUGCAGCUCAGUCCCGCGUGGAGGACCGUGCGGAAGGCGGAGGGGAGAGAGGAGUGUUGUGGCUUCUGAGGACACAGCAAGUGCAGGGCAGAGAGGACGGGGGUGACUUGCAUCUGAAGGUCCCUGAGGAUGUGGCUGUGAGUAUUGACGGAAAGAUCAGAGGCUGCAGGGAGGACGGCACAGCCUCAUUCGGGGCUUUCCCGGCUGUGGGGUCCAUCAGGGGCCUGGGGUGGUCGUGGAUCCGGCUGGACUACAAGCUCUCUACACGCCAUAUGCCAAGUUCAUGGGUUGGUGUGACCUUUGAGGACAUUGCCCUGUACUUCUCCAGGGAGGAAUGGAGCCUCCUUGAUGAGAGUCAGAGACAGCUAUACCUGAAUGUGAUGCGGGAGAACUUUGAACUUCUAUCCUCCCUGGGUUGCUGCUGUGGAGAAGAGAAUGUGGAGGUCCUGACUGAACAAAAGGUUUCUGGAAGAUUGUCACAGAGAGUUCACACUGGAGAAAAGCCUUAUCAAUGUAGUGAAUGUGGAAAAUCUUUUACUGCUAAUACCCACCUUCAUCGACAUCAGAGAGUUCAUAAGGGAGAAAAGUCUUAUAAAUGCAGUGAAUGUGGAAAAUCUUUUACAAGGAGCAGUGUUCUUCACUAUCAUCAGAGGGUUCACACUGGAAAAAAGCCUUAUCAAUGCACUGAAUGUGGUAAAUCUUUUACCUAUAAGUCCAAAUUUCAUCGUCAUCUGAGAGUUCAUACAGGAGAAAGGCCUUUUCAAUGCAGUGAAUGUGGAAAAUCUUUUACCCAGAAGACACACCUUCGUCGUCAUCAGAGAUUUCAUAUGGGAGAAAAUCCUUUCAAAUGCAGUGAAUGUGGGAAAUCUUUUACAAGUUGCGAUGCUCUCCAGUAUCAUCAGAGAGUUCACACUGGAGAAAAGACCUAUCAAUGCAGUGAAUGUGGGAAAGCUUUUACCGCUAAGACCCACCUUCAUCGACAUCUGAGACUUCAUUUGGGAGAAAAGCUUUAUAAAUGCAGUGAAUAUGGAAAAACUUUUACGCGGAGCACUGGCCUUCGUUAUCAUCAGGUAGUUCAUACAGGAGAAAAGCCCUUUCAGUGCAGUGAAUGUGGGAAAUCUUUUACCCGGAGCACUCACUUUCGUUUUCAUCAGAGAGUUCAUACAGGAGAAACGCCUUAUAAAUGCACUGUAUGUGGGAAAUCUUUUAAAACAAGCAAUGGUCUCCAAUAUCAUCAGAGAUUACACACUGGAGAAAAGCCUUAUCAAUGCAGUGACUGUGGAAAAUCUUUUACCUCUAAGACCAUCCUUUGUCAACAUCAGAGAAUUCAUUUGGGAGAAAAGCCUUAUAAAUGCAGUGAAUGUGGGAAGUCUUUUAUCCAGAGCAUUGAACUUCGUUAUCAUCACAGACUUCAUACAGGAGAAAAGCCUUAUAAAUGCAGAGAAUGUGGGAAAUCUUUUACCCAUAGCUCCACUCUUUAUUAUCAUCACAGACUUCAUACAGGGGAAAAGCCUCAUAAAUGCAGUGAAUGUGGAAAAUCUUUUACACGUAGCAGUUCUCUCCAAUAUCAUCAGAGUGUUCACACUGGAGAAAAGCCUUAUAAAUGCAGUGAAUGUGGGAAAUGUUUUAUUACUAAGACCGACCUUCAUCAUCAUCAGAGAGUUCAUACUGGAGAAAAGCCUUAUAAAUGCAGUGAAUGUGGAAAAUCAUUUCAAAGUAGAAAAGGUCUCCAAUAUCAUCAGAGAGUUCACAGUGGAGAAAAGCCUUAUCAAUGCAGUGAAUGUCAAAAAUCUUUUACCACUAAGACCGUCCUUCGUCGUCAUCAGAGAGUUCAUACGGGAGAAAAACCUUAUAAUUGCAGUGAAUGUGGAAAAUCUUUUACAAGUUGCAAUGGUCUCCAAUAUCAUCGGAGUGUUCACACUGGUGAAAAGCCUUAUCAAUGUAGUGAAUGUGGGAAAUCUUUUACCCAGAGCACUGCCCUUCAUUAUCAUCAGAGACUUCAUACAGGAGAAAAGCCUUAUAAAUGCAGUGAAUGUGGAAAAUCUUUUACAAGGAGCAGCAGUCUUCAAUAUCAUCAGAAGAGUUCACACUGGAGAAAAACAUGAGUGCAAUUAAUAUGAGGUAUCUCUCAGCCAAAUUUCUAAAUUCGCUCUUCACAUAGGAGUCCAAAUGUGAGAAAUUUCUUAGAUGUGUAGGAAAUGUAGUUUCUUAGUUAGGACUUAAUAUUAGUACAAGAAAAUUUGUGAGUCCUCAUUUUUCUGAAUUGUAUCUGAUACAUUUAAUCACCUACAUUAUGUAAAGUUCCCAUAAGUGUUUUUGUUGUUGUCUUUGCUUUUAUGUUUGAACACUAUGUAAUUAUGUUGCACUUUCUAACAUACAGAGAUGUCCUGCCAGAUCUAUGUCACUGCAUAUUUCUGUUGAAGGUAUUUUACGUGAACCACCUAUAAGGUCCCUACAGAUGGUGUCAAUCACCAUCCUCAUGUGCCCAGGGAAACAAAGUCUGUUGUCUUUUUUGUUGAAGAAAAUGAGGAAUACCUGAGCCCAUAGUUCUUUCUUUUUUCCCUGUCAUGCGUUGCCACAUAGGACUCAUGACUGUUAGCCCCAGUAAACAUAAUGUUGCAGAGGGAAUGCUUUCCCUGCAUGCCAUUGAUUAAUUUAUUGAGUGCCUGAGUCAUCAGUGGAAGAACUGCCAGUCUCAUAUCUUUUUGGUUUGUACAAUAAAGAAGGAUUUUUCCUAAGACUU